AUGACGGAGGUGUCUUCUACUCGACUCUAUCUUGGGAACCUGCCCCGCAAUGUCACCAAGCAGGAUAUCGAAGAACAUUUCAGCACCCAUGGCUCGGGCAAAAUCACAGAGAUCAAGCUUAUGAAUGGCUUCGGCUUCAUCGAGUACGAAGACGCCAUGGAUGCUCGCGAUGUUGUGCCUGCCUUCCACGGCAGUGACUUCAAGGGUGAGCGACUAACAGUGCAGUUCGCUCGUGGUCCCCGGCGCAAGGAGAACUUCGCUGGCCCACCGGACCGCCCUGCUGCUCCUCGUCCGCGCCGCACGAUGUUCCGAAUGCAGAUCUCUGGUCUUCCAGAAACAAGUUGGCAGGAUCUCAAAGAUUUCGCCCGGAAGUCCGGACUGGAUGUCGUUUACUCAGAAACGGGUCGCGAACAAGGAAGAGGGUUUGUUGAAUUUGAGACGGCCAAUGACCUGAAGACUGCCGUGGAGAAACUGGACCAGACAGACUUCAAAGGAGUACAUGAAAGGACCCUCCCUUAUGACCCUCCCCCUUCACAGAUUCAGACCAACUUUGAUGACCGUCCUCCGCGUGACCCUUACCGGUCUCGCUCCCCACGUCGGCCUUACCCACCCAUGGACGAAUAUGACAGAAGGUUCCCUACACCCCGUGGAUACAGUCCCCGGGAUCACUACCGGGAACGCUCGCCCAUUCCCAUGCGCCGAGACUACUAUGAACGAGAUGGUUAUGGACGCCGCACUCCCCCUCGGCCUCGGAUGGAGGACUACCCGCCUCCACGUCGUCCUUACGAUGAUCCUUAUGAUGGUCGACCUCCCCCUCCUCCACGCCACUAUGAGGAUCCUUAUCUGGCAACACGGCCCUAUGCCCGUCCCCGCACUCCCCCGCGCGGCGAAUAUGUUGCAUAUGAACGCCCUCGCUAUUGGUAA